ACACCGAGGACGCUGUAUCGUGGUUUAAUCUGCAAGUACUCUCGACUCGACGAGAAUGCCUCCUAAAGCGAGUGGUAAGGCCGUAAAGAAGGCCGGCAAGGCUCAGAAGAAUAUCAGCAAGACCGAUAAGAAGAAGAAAAGGAAGAGGAAGGAAAGCUACGCCAUUUACAUCUACAAAGUACUGAAGCAAGUACAUCCGGACACCGGAAUUUCCAGCAAAGCCAUGAGCAUUAUGAACAGCUUCGUAAAUGAUGUAUUCGAAAGAAUCGCCGCGGAGGCAUCGAGAUUGGCGCAUUACAACAAGCGCUCGACCAUCACCUCCCGCGAGAUACAAACUGCUGUGAGGCUCCUGUUGCCGGUGAAUUGGCUAAGCACGCUGUCAGUGAAGGCACGAAGGCAGUAACCAAGUACACCAGCUCCAAAUAAAUUGCCAAUUUGUCUCGAGUAUAUAAACGGCCCUUUUCAGGGCCAACAAAGAGUUUCAACGUUGACUCUUCUAGGUUUUGCAAUAAAAUAAAAUUACAGUAUUACAUUUAAUUAUAAUUUUAAAAAAUUUAGUCUAUUGCUAUAAUGUAAAAGCUAAUGCAUUCUGUUUGAAUUUAUGUCGUUCUUAAAUAUCAAAAUGUUCAUUAAAAAAAUUCUGGAAUAUCUUAGCAUGAUCUAUACGAAUAAAGAAAAUGUGCCUUGAA